AUGACUCGUUUAGAUGUUUUGUCUUCAUAUCGAGGUCUUUUACGAGCAACAAAAAUCACUUUUAAAGGUUUUCCUGGCAAAAACAACAUAUCCGCACUGACUAUAAAUGCUUUAGGUGAUCUCCCUCUUUUAAAAGCUUCUAGAAAACGAAUCCGUGAUACUUUUGAUCAUGAUAAAGAAAAAAAUUUAAGUGAAGAUGAAAUUCGUAAAAAAGUUGCAUAUGCAAAUGAUGUUGCCAGAACCCUUAGAAAAAAUGUUGUACAAGGUCGCCUGAAUCAAGCCGGUCGUUAUUCUUUGAGAAUUCAUCAUGAUACAGAGCACAGCAGCAAUAAAACAGGAAAUAAAUAA